AUGUCAGCUUACUCCGACGAUGAGGAGCAUGAUCCCCAGGCGGAUGAGCUCCGCGAGACCGCCUUGGUCACUCUCGAGGCGUUGAUCAGCUCCUGCAACCAACAAAUGCAACCUUAUUUGACGAAAACCACUCGGUCCGCCCUUAGAUUCUUGAAAUAUGACCCCAACGUCGCCGAAACCGAAGAUGAUGAAGAGAUGGGCGGCACACAAGACGAUGGGAGUGAGGACGAUGCUACAGAGGACCCAGACAUGGACGACGAAUUCGAGGACUUUGAAGAAGAGGGUGGCUACAGUGAUAUUGACGAUAUGAGCUGGAAAGUGCGCCGUUGCGCUGCCAAGCUUCUUUACACCGUCAUCUCUACAUAUGGCCAUGGUCGCGCCGAGGAGAAAUCAGCCCUGUUCCAGCAGAUCGCCCCAGCUCUUGUCUCCCGAAUCAGCAAGGAAAGGGAAGAGAGCGUGAAGCUGGAGGUCGUGUCAACGUUGACGGCCUUGGUUCGGAAAACCGGCGAGGGUUCCAUGAUCGUCACCUCCAAUGACUUCCUGGAGGGUGUAGGAGGAUCGAAGAACUCUCGGAAGCGCAGACGCCAAGACAGCGACGCGUCCAUGAUUGACUUUGAGCCAAGAGCUGGCAUUUCGUUAACCACCGACUCUCCCAUCGCUCCAUCCUCCCCCAAGUCUGGUUCACAGGCCGAUCUGGCCCGCUCCGUUCCUUUGAUUGUCCAGAACCUGGUCAAGGUAUGGAAGCAAGCCUCAAUUCCCCUCAAACAAGCCGCAAUUAUCCUCCUGAAGAGCCUUUCGUUGGUCCGCUACGGAGGCCUUGCACACCAUCUUCAGCAGAUUGAAGACCUCAUUGCGGAUGCUUUGAAAACGUCAUCUGUUUCGGGAAGCACAGCUGCUCACACUGGGGCUGCUGUGAGUGCAGGAACUCUUCAGAUCGAAACCCUGGGUCUCAUCGCAGCAAUUGCUGAGACUCAUCUAUCCGAUGCCCUACUGCCAUUCCUCAUUGCACUAGUCCCUGGAGUGAUUGAAGCUGUUAACGACCGCAACUACAAAGUCAGUAGCGAAGCCCUGGGCGCUGUGGAGCAGAUUGUGAAAGCCAUGACCCCUCCACGUGUCUCAACCAAUGCCUCCGAUGUGACCUUGCAGCUGCAGAAGCUCUACGAUGUUGUGCACUCUCGGAUCACCGACACAAGUGCUGACCUUGAAGUCCGUCAACGUGCAAUCCACGUCUUCGGUAUUAUCAUUGCACGAACCUCAGGAGAACGGGGCUUGGAAUUUCUCUCAUUUGACAGCAGAUGCAGCGGUCUGGCUGUUUUGGUUGACCGGCUUAGGAAUGAGACGACCCGACUUUCUGCUGUCCGUGCGGUUGAUCAUGUUGUUGUCCUCGCCGAUCGCAAGGAAGAUGUCUCCAGUGAUUGGGCCAACAAUGUUGCUCUCGAGCUAGGCUCGAACUUGCGGAAGUCGGAUCGUGCUCUGAGAGGCGCAUGCUUGGAAACCCUCCGUAGCUUAUCUAUGAACUCUAACGUCAGAUCCCAUUUGACCCCCGAAACCAUGGCUGCAUCGGAGAACGCUGUGUUGCCCCUUCUUGCGGCUGCUGAUUUCCACACUCUUACGCCGACUCUCAUUGUCAUUGCCAAGCUUGUUCCUGGCAACGGAAACCUACUUGUCAACAACGCUUUGAUAUCUUCUAUCUGCUCAAUUGUGAAAAAACCAUUGGUUGGGACCGUUCUCAAGGCUUUGCUACUGUUGGUCAAGGUGAUUGGCGAUGAAGGCGCGGGCGCUAGCUUGAUGCAAAACCUUCUUCGCGAUGUGGGCAUCACAGGGGAAUCCUCCGUGGUUGGUCGAGCUGUGGGGACCCUGCUGGUUCAUGGUGGAUCGAAUCUCGGAGUCACCAUGGAUGACUUCACCACCGAACUCAAGACCGCACGGGACGACAGCCGCAAAUGCCUCGCCCUUGCUAUUCUGGGCGAGAUUGGUUUGCGAAUGGGCCCCGAGUGCUCGCUGACUCCAGAACUUUUCAUUCCCCAUUUCAGCUCCGAGUCAGACCAGGUGCGUUUGGCUGCUGCUACCGCGCUCGGAAAUGCAGCUGCGGGCAGCAUCAAAGCAUAUCUUCCAAUCAUCCUCGAGGGGCUCGAAAAGUCAAACACUCAGAGCUACCUGCUUCUUCAUUCUGUGCGAGAAAUACUGCAGCAUCCCGAGGUCGUACGCCCUGAUCUUGCACCAUCUGCUCACAAGUUAUGGCACGCACUUCUUCUUGUCUCGGAAGAGGAAGACAACCGAGCUGUGGGAGCCGAAUGUGUGGGCCGCUUGGCACUUCUUGAUCCCGUUGCAUACAUUCCUCAUUUCCAAGAAUACCUGGCCAACUCUGACCCAGCCGUUCGUGGUGUGGUGAUUUCGGCAUUCCGCUACACACUUGCCGAUUCAAGCGACGAUUAUAACGAUGUCUUGCGACCAUUGAUGGUGCCACUAUUGACCAAUAUGCUCAGUGACAGUGAUUUGGGCAACCAUCGUCUUGCAUUGACCACUCUCAACUCAGCAAUUCACAAUAAGAUGAAUCUCCUCGUGCCUCAUCUCGACGAACUGCUGCCGGCUGUUCUUGGAGAUACCAAGAUUAAGCCAGAGCUGAUUCGUGAGGUACAAAUGGGUCCUUUCAAACACAAGGUAGACGAUGGACUUGAUUUGCGGAAGAGCGCCUACGAGACUCUUUACGCUUCGCUCGACACCUCGUUCUCCCGCACACAUAUGCCCGAGCUCUUUGAUCGCAUCCUUGCAGGUAUCGACGACGAGCAGGAUAUUCGCGCGAUCAGCAAUCUCAUGACCUCCAAGCUGAUCAAGAUCGCGCCCGAGGAUAUCGAGCGACGUCUGGACGCCUUGUCUGAGCACUAUACCGCUGUCCUAUCCUUUAAGCCAAAGGAUAAUGCCGUCAAACAAGAGCUAGAAAAAGCCCUGGAGGCUUCUCUGGGUAUUGUCAAGAUCACCAGAGAGCUGAGCAAGGCUUUCCCCGGCGCAGAGUCAUCGGGCGAUCUUUACAAGUGGAAGGCCUACAUGGAGUUCGUCCGGAAAAACUUUAAUCAACAACUCACCUCCUUGGAAACCGAGUUCUGA